AUGUCUGCUCCAGCCUCCGCCGCGAUGAGGCAGACUUCGCGAGUCUGCAUCCGACAGCUGUCGUCAAAUGCCCUUCAUACAAGAUCGGCCUCCAUCGCCACCUCUCGUUUCCUCCAGCGCCGAACAUAUGUCUCCGAAUCACAACCCUCCCGGGCCCAGGUCGCCGAUGUCGAGUCGGCCAUUAAAGCUGACCAGAAGAAAUUCAUUCAGGAGAGUGGCAAUCUUCCAUCGCAGGUGAAGAUGCCAGGAUCAGAUCUCACAACAAUGAGUCCCUCGGCGGGCAUCCUCAAGCAGGCGACAAUCAUGGACCAAGGCAGUCGCCCUAUUUAUCUCGAUGCACAGGCGACAACUCCAGUAGACCCCAGAGUUCUCGAUGCGAUGCUCCCAUUCCUAACGGGUCUUUGGGGCAAUCCUCACUCGCGAACACAUGCCUACGGUUGGGAAAGCGAGAAGGCCACGGAACAAGCAAGAGAGCACGUUGCCAAGCUGAUUGGAGCUGAUCCAAAAGAAAUUAUAUUUACCAGUGGUGCGACCGAGAGCAAUAACAUGAGCAUCAAGGGUGUGGCCAGAUUUUUCGGCCGAGCAGGAAAGAAGAAGCAUAUCAUUACCAGCCAGACCGAACACAAAUGUGUCUUGGACAGUUGCCGACAUUUGCAGGACGAGGGAUUUGAAGUAACUUACCUGCCGGUCAACUCCAGUGGUUUGAUUGAUUUGAAGCAGCUCGAAGACGCCAUCAAACCCGAGACUGCUCUGGUCAGCAUUAUGACGGUCAAUAAUGAGAUUGGGGUCAUCCAGCCGAUGAAAGAGAUCGGACAGCUUUGUCGGUCGAAGAAAGUCUACUUCCACACCGACGCCGCUCAAGCAGUCGGAAAGAUUCCCAUUAAUGUCAACGACUGGAACAUCGAUUUGAUGUCGAUUUCCAGCCACAAGAUAUAUGGUCCCAAAGGCAUUGGUGCCUGUUAUGUCCGAAGACGACCCCGUGUCAGAUUGGAUCCUAUUAUCAGUGGAGGUGGCCAAGAAAGAGGCCUGCGGAGCGGCACACUUGCACCUCAUCUCGUUGUGGGAUUCGGGGAAGCCUGCCGUAUUGCCAAAGAAGAGAUGGAGUAUGACUCCAAGCGCAUUACCGCUCUGUCCAAACGGCUUCUCGAUGGUCUCCUCUCGAUGGAGCACACGUCUUUAAAUGGCGACCCAACCCGACAUUAUCCUGGCUGCGUCAACGUUUCAUUUGCAUAUGUCGAAGGGGAGUCAUUGCUGAUGGCACUAAAAGACAUUGCCUUGUCUUCUGGCAGUGCCUGCACCUCUGCCUCUCUGGAACCUAGCUAUGUCCUUCGAGCUCUGGGAAACAGUGAUGAAAGCGCUCACAGCAGUAUUCGUUUUGGUAUUGGACGUUUCACCACAACCAGUGAGAUUGACUACGUGCUAAAAGCUGUUCGAGAGCGAGUCACCUUCCUGAGAGAACUGAGUCCGCUGUGGGAGCUGGUUCAGGAGGGCGUGGAUCUGAAUGCUAUUGAAUGGAGUCAACACUAG